GAGAGCAAAGCUCAGUGACUUGAGCAAUAGUGCCCCGAGUCCAACCUGACGCUGAAGCUCCAAAGCCUGCCAUUCUGCUUGGCCAGUGCAUCAGAAAGCUUGCAAUCUAUCAGAAAAUAAUCUAUGCAUUUUGACAACCCAUCCAGCAUCUCCAGACUAAGACUUGGAAGUAUACGGAUUACCAGAAAGCAAAGUGUCUUCACAUUGAUGCUGACCAACAAGCUCCAGAGCAUCUUGCCUGAGUGACCAUCCUGCUGACCUGCUGCCCAUUCCAUGUUCUCCUGUUGGAGAAGAUCUCAACUCAUGGUCCAUGCUCAACAUGUCAGUUCAGGGUCGUGUUCCUAUCACAUGCUUAAGCGAAUGAAGGUAGUACCUGUCUGGUGAUACAUUUUCAGAACUUCCCUGAAGCUGACACCUGCCGGAAGACUUCUUUGGUAGACAGUGAGUGGAGUCUCGUGGCAGAGCACAAUUCAUUCUUCCACCUAGACUAAAAGUCUGCGCUGACAUGGAUCCAGUCAAGUCAAGGCUGGAGAAGAAACCUGUCGACUACAAUGGUUUCCUACAAGAAGAUAAGAAGGACUCCUCCAUGGCAUUGGGUCGUGUAGAUCGUGGUAGAUCUGAGAUGAGCACUCCACCCCUGGAGAGCUGGAGAGAAGAAAGGACUCGCAGUGAAGAAGACAAUGAACUGAACCUUCCUACCUUGACGGCAGCUUAUGGUACCAUCCUGAGGUCACUUGGAGAAGACCCUGGAAGGCAAGGACUACUGAAAACCCCAUGGAGGGCAGCGACCGCCAUGCAGUUCUUUACCAAGGGCUACCAAGAGACAAUAACCGAUGUGUUGAAUGAUGCUAUCUUUGAUGAAGACCAUGAUGAGAUGGUGAUUGUGAAGGACAUUGACAUGUUUUCCAUGUGUGAACAUCAUCUGGUUCCAUUCAUUGGAAGGGUGCACAUAGGUUAUCUACCAAACAAGCAAGUGCUGGGCCUCAGUAAGCUGGCGAGGAUCGUGGAGAUUUACAGCAGACGACUACAAGUUCAAGAACGCCUUACGAAACAGAUCGCCAUUGCAAUUACAGAAGCCUUGCAGCCUGCCGGCGUGGGAGUGGUCGUUGAAGCUACCCACAUGUGUAUGGUCAUGAGAGGGGUUCAGAAGAUGAACAGCAAGACAGUGACCAGCACUAUGCUCGGCGUAUUCCGAGAGGACCCCAAAACCAGAGAAGAAUUCUUGAACCUCAUCAGGAGCUGAUUUCAGUGCCAAAAAAAUAAUAAUCUGCGGCUGCCUGAAUCUGCCUGUCCGUGUCUGUGUGUCUCUGGUUCGGUCGUCUAUUGUUCAACUAUGCGUAGGAUAACAGUGUUUUAUGGUGACCGCUUCGCGUCAUUUUAUGGUACUCUGUGUUUACAUAUAUAUCGAGAAAGGACCGGAAACGUGGUGGCAAAGGGCACCACCCCAUCCAUUGCCAUGUUUACAUUGAUCAUGUUCUGUCCAAGCCUGACCCUACUUAGAUGCUGACUUUUUUGGACAUGGUACAGAAUGGGGCCAGUCCUCAGUGACUACCUGAGACCACAGCUACUGUACGUAUGUGAUAUUCAGGGCCACAGCUGGGGAUCUGUAGGACAUCCCAGCCGUACAGCAGCAGUUUCCAGCUGUUGCAAAGCUACAACUCCUAGCAUGUUCCGACAACCCGUGGCAGGUUGGAGACCAUUGUUUUACAGUAAUAUGGCUGCACAUUCUCUUGAUCAGACCACCCAUAGGGAAGUGCCACUUAGAGUCCUAAAGAGUACUUACAGGUAAGCUACCAAAGGAUUAAAGGGGUAUUCCGGUUACUACAAGUUAUCACCUAUCCACUGGAUAGGGGACAGUUAACAGAUUGUGGGGGUCCAUACCUCUGAAAUGAAUAGAAUGGCUGGUUGAGCAUACACCUUGCCGGUGCCAUUCACUCUCCGGUAGUCCCAUAGAGAUGAAUGGAGUGGCAUUACACAUGCUCGCCCUGCUGCGCCUUUCAUUUCAGGGCUUCUUACCUGGGAUUUUUGGGCAUCCAAUCACUGGGACUCCCACCGAUCAGUUAGUUAAUCCCGAUCCAGUGGAUAGGGAGUGGUAACUGGCAUACCCCUUUAAGGCCCCCAUACACAUUAUACAAU